CAAAAUUUUAAAAUUAACUAUAAGAUUUUUAAUCAAGUCAAAAUUAUUAACUAUUUUGAACUCUGCACUAAGAUUACAUAAUGUAUACAGCAUACAUAAUGCAUUUUUGUUUAAUUUUGUUUUGCUUUUUAGUUAUUUUAAAUUGCACAUUCAGUACUUCAAUAAAUAAAAAACUAUCGCCAGAAAUUCCUGAAUCUACUCAAAGUUUUUUAGAUACUGACAAAGAGAUUGAAAAUGAACAGCUUAGUAUUGAAGAUCAUAAGAAAGAUAUGUUGAACACUUUCAAUGAAAAUGAUAGCCAAAAUGUAAAAAGAAGAAAUACGCUAGAUUUGAAUGUAUCAAGUGAUAGCGAUACAGAUUUUCUCGUAGACGAUUAUGAAGAUUCUGAUUUAAGUGAUAACUAUAUAGAUGCUCUCAUAGACGAUUAUGAUAAUUCUAAUUCAAGUAUUAGCGAUAUAGAUACUCUUAUAGACAGUUAUGAUGAUUCUAAUUCAAGUGAUAGCGAUAAAGUUGCUUUCAAAGACGAUUGUGGUAAUUCUGAUUCAUAUUAUGAGGAUCUGCCAAGUUUGUCUGACAAUGAAUUUGUAUCUUUAGACUUAAUAUUUAAUGGACUUGUAAAAAUCGUUAAAAAAAAAAUGGAAAAACUUAAAACAAAGUUCCAAGAAAUUAAAAAUGAUAACGAUACAAUCAGCAUAGAUAAAGCAGUAUGUGCUAUGAAAGAGAUUGGAAUAUUUGAUAAAAGAAUUGACCAUAUAAUUGAAAACACUACCAAAAAUGAAGAUGGAACAAUUAAAUGCGAUGAUAUUUUGCAUUUCUUUUCCACAAAAUUGAAGCUUAUGUAAAUAUUUAUUUAAAAUAAAUAUUGAAAUAAUAACGAAAUUUAUGAAAAAAUUUUAUAUUUAUUAAAUUAAAUUUUGUUGUUUGACAUAAAAGUUGUAUGUGUUAAACAGUUUUUGAAAAUC